CCCGACGUCAGAAGGUGAUUUGUCUUCCUCUCCUACUCAUCUUUAUCCAUACCUUGGAUAUCCUUAUAAAUUCCUUAAUACAACAUCAUUUAUCAUUUCAGUAUCGCCGUCAUGGCCUCUUCCCUGUAGAAGUCACAGCUUUUGCUGUGACUUCUUUGUGCAAACAUGGCGGGGAAGCAAUCUGGGGUAUGGAACACACCCUCGGGUCUCAAGAAUAACAACAAAAAUGAGUCAAGUUUCCCGGGCUUGCUACCUGCUGCGAGCCCGGAGGUCACCAACAAAAUUGAAUAUGAAGAGCUACAACAGAACGAACUACUGGCCCUUGAGGCUAUUUACAGCGACGACUUCGUCAUGCAUACCGAGACUCAAAACGCCUGGAAGAAGUCAGAACCACAUUUUGAUAUCCGGAUAAAAGCAUCAUCGGAUGAAGACUUUGCUUGUACGCUGGGUUUUGUCAUGACUGCAACUUACCCAAAGUCACCUCCUCUUAUCACGUUGAAGAACUACGACCUCAAGGAAGUUACGACGUUCAAGAUCCAGAAGUACCUAGAGACGAAGCCAAAGUUAUUCGCACAGGAUGCGCAAGAAAUGAUCGAUCAAAUCGUCGAAGGAGUACGGGAUAUCCUCGAGGAUGCUGCGCAAGCGAAGGCAAACGGGAAGCAUCUACCUUCUCUCGAAGAAGAACGAGAGCGGCACGAAGCUUCCAUGGCGAAGUUAGCAGAAGAGAAGAAAGAAGAAGAAGCCCGAAAGAAAAUAGAAGCGAUGCAAGAAGAAGAGCGUAUUAUGGCCGAGAUGCUCCAACAGCAGAUUGAUCGACAGAAACAGAAGGCUAAGGAGUCAAAGCGUCGUAACGGCGGCAAUACGCCCCAGCAAUCUUCGACAAGCUUAGAGACAGAAGAAAUCAUCGAGUUCGAGCAAUUAUGUAACGCUACGGAUCAGUCGGGAAAUACCCUCGUCUUCAAGUCUGUUACAAGCAAACGUCACCUUCGGCAGGGACCUGUAUCCACCGUUUACGAAGUCCGACCUGUGUUGAUCAAUGGGCAAGGCAACCUGCCUAUGGCACUGAAGCAGACUGUUAUCCGUACCACAAAUAAGGACACGAAAGAGUUCAAGCUUCAGCUACAAAGUCUCGAGUCUCGUCUUCAGGAUCUCAAGUCUGUUAAGCGAGUUCAUCACCGUCAUCUUGUUGAAGUUUUGGGCUUCAAGGUCCAGGCCGGACUUUCUACUGAUCCUGCUGUCUCGAAUGUGUGCACUGUGAACGUCUUGUCUCCCUUAGCAGAAAAGAAUUCUCUGGAGGAGUUCUUAGAGCUUGCAGGACGGAUUGAGAAUAUUGGCAGAGUGCGUUCCUGGACGCGGGAUCUGCUAGAUGCGCUCAAUUUCCUUCACAACAAAAAUAUUGCACAUCAAGAUAUUCACCCAGGGAACAUUCUCCUGUUCCGAGAGCCGAAUGGGCAAACCGUCCCCAAGAUCUCUGAUGCCUGGUAUCAGAGAGAAAUUCACUCUAUCACUUCGAACAAACCUGGUCUUCCGGGAUUGAACACUGCCAAGUCUGCCUACUGGCUGCCCCCUGAGAUUGCCGGUGCAUCUAAGCCCUCGUAUACAUUCAAGACAGAUAUUUGGGAUUUCGGCGUUGUGUUCAUUCAGAUGAUCUUUGGCCUUGACGCGCUACGAACAUACUCAUCGCCCAAGAAUCUUAUGGAAUCGGUCACUUUGUCCCAUUCGCUGCAUGAGUUAGUCAACAGGUUCUUCAAGGAAGAUAAGCAAAAACGGCCUCGAGCUUUUGAGCUUGGAUCCAGCGAAUUUUUAGCCACAGAUGCUCCAGUUCUUUUCCAAGACUCUCCUGCAGUUCCGUCUACAAGCUCUUCGGUGUCUACACAAAACCUUCCGGCAAAACCUCGACAUGAGUUUACUACUCAUCGAGGUCCCGCGCUGUCACGGUACACAGAAGACUUCAUUGAGGAAGCCAGGCUAGGAAAGGGCGGUUUCGGAGAGGUGGUUAAGGCGAGGAUGAAGCUGGACGGCCAGAUUUACGCCAUCAAAAAAAUCAAACCACGUUCCCAAGCUAAUCUUACAGAGAUUCUAAAGGAGGUAAGGCUUUUGUCUCAGCUUAACCAUCCUGCGGUUGUCCGAUACAAUACCGCAUGGGUUGAAGAAGCUCCUGAUCAAGCCGAAACUGAAGAUGAUACAUCAACUGGUUACUUUACCGAAGAGAACACUCAAGGAACUGGGUCUGCUGGGAUUGACAUUGAGUUCGCUACCAGUACAGGAGGGCUUGAUUUCAUCUCAUCCAAUGCCAACGUCGAUUAUGGAUUCGAAGACUCUGAAGACUCUGAAGAUGACUCUGAUGAAGACGAGGCAGAAGAUGAGGAUGAUACAGAAGAUGAGAUGUCUAUUCACAGAGUUUCGUCGCCAGAUAAAGAAAGAAACGCCAUGUUCCAGCGACGAGCUCGAUAUCAACGUUCAUACAGAACCAUGUUGUACAUAUCGAUGGAGUAUUGUGAGAAACGAACCCUUCGAGAUCUAAUUGCAAGGAAUCUUUACAAGAAUACUCCUGAAAUUUGGCGACUAUUUUCUCAGAUUCUGGAAGGUUUGGCUCAUAUCCAUGGGCUUAGCAUCGUCCACCGUGAUUUGAAGCCGGAAAAUAUCUUUAUUACUAGCGACUCUGAUGGUAUUGACAAUGUGAAGAUUGGUGAUUUUGGACUUGCCACCAGCGGACAAUUCUCACUGGAAAAGGCGAACGGAAACACUCUGGAGACAGACGAUAUGACGAGAAGCAUCGGUACUGCAUAUUACUCCGCCCCUGAAGUCAGGUCGACGGUCAACGGCAUAUAUAGCACGAAGGUCGAUAUGUAUUCACUCGGCAUCAUUUUCUUCGAGAUGUGUUAUCUACCUAUGAUGGGUAUGCAAAAGGCCGAUGUCCUUGGUCAGCUUAGGCGGCCGAAACCAGUGUUGCCAUCGGACUUUAAGCCUACGGACAAAGCUCAGGCAGAUAUCAUAUUGUCUCUGGUCAACCAUAACCCCAAGGAGAGGCCCUCAAGUACUGACCUUCUCAACAACGAAGAGCUGCCUAUUCAAAUAGAGAGUGUGAGAGGUAGACAGACUCUUGCUAUACUUGCAAACCCAAGCUCGCCAUACUACCACAAGACGCUUUCGUGGCUAUUUUCGAAGCGUAUGGACCCUGUUGAGGAUUAUGCUUGGGAUAUGUCUGCGAGGUCAUUGAGUCCACAGGAGCUGCUCAAUCAAGUACUGGUCAAGCAAGAGCUUGUUUCGAUCUUCCGCCGCCAUGGCGCUUUGGAGCCCCCUCGAAGCAGCAUAUAUCCACGGACAUCACAUUAUGGAGAUAAUGCUGUCCAGCUUUUGACCCCGAGAGGCAAAGUGGUGCAGCUGCCCUAUGAUCUCACACUGGGAAACGCAAGGAUGAUGGCGUAUUUUGAUCCAGUAGUUGAACGAUCUUUUACCUUUGGCAACGUUUUCCGCGACAAGAACGAUGGAGGCCACCCACUCAUGUUUGGAGAAGCUGAUUUCGACAUUGUCACCACUGACGCCCUGGACUUUGCUUUGAAUGAAGCAGAGGUUCUCAAAGUGAUGGAUGAGAUUGUCCACACAUUUCCCUCCUUGUCCACAACUCCUAUGUGUUUCCAUCUGGGACACUCAGAUCUUUUACAACUUGUCUUCGAGUAUUGUGGGAUAAGCCCUGCAAGUCGACGUGCAGCGGCAGAUGUGUUGAGUAAGCUGAACAUUCACAAUUUUAACUGGCAGAAGAUUAGGGUUGAGCUGCGGUCACCAACUGUAGGUGUUUCGGCUAUAAGCGUGGACGAAUUGCAGAAAUUCGACUUCAGAGACACUCCAAACAAGACAUUCUCCAAAUUAAAAACCCUUUUUGAGGGCAGCAAUAUGUACCAGCGAGCUUCUCCGACAAUCGCGCAUCUCAAGGAAGUCAUUGAGUAUUGCAAGCGCCUGGGUGUAGGAACAAAGAUCUAUAUCAAUCCUUUGAACAGCUUGAAAGAAGCCUUUUACACGGGCGGCAUCAUCUUUUCAUGCAUCUACGAUAAAAAGGUCAAGGAUGUUUUUGCUGCUGGCGGUAGGUAUGAUCAACUUAUCAGAGAAUUCCGACCUAGGGCUGGUGGCCAAGUCCGGGAGAAACAUGCAGUUGGAUUCAGUUUGGCAUGGGAGCGAUUGGCAAAGAUUCCCAAAGCCGGGGGGCGAUCGUUCUUGAAGAAAUCCGAGGACGAAUCAAGCGGAAUUUUUAACUCUCGACGAUGUGAUUGUUUGAUAGCUAGCUUCAACGCUGCUGUGUCGAGAUCUUUAGGUGCCGAGAUACUUCAAACGCUCUGGGCACACAGCAUCAGCGCUGAGCUGGCCAAGGAUGCCAGAUCUCCCGAAGACUUGUUAUCGAAACACCGAGAAGAAGAAUAUUCUUGGCUCAUCAUCAUCAAACAGGAUGCAAUGUUGAAGAUCAAAAGCUUGGGCCGAAAGGAUGUGCCUGAUGCAGAUAUACCAACAACACAACUGCUUUCUUGGCUUCGUAACGAGAUUCGAGAACGCGAUUCAAAAACAGUGGUGAAACUUCGCGGCAACAGCUCUGCAGAUACCAAUGGCUCGGGCGAGAAGGAAGAGCAGGAGGUUCGUGUGCUGGUGGCACAAACACGGAGCAAAAAGUUCAACCGUAGAACGGUUGUGGAACAAGCUCAAAGCAGUGCCAGCAGCUUGGUUCAGUCUUUCCUAGAUGGUCCUAUUUUGGCCAUCGAGACCACAGAUCAGGUCAUGGACCUAAUCCGCGGGACCUGCCUCUCAGAGGUUGAGGGCUGGCGACAAGUCGAGCAGUCGGUGACGAAUACGGAGAGGAAGUAUAUCCGUGAGAUCCACGACGAGUUGGAUAACCUGAGGUUUAAGUAUCAGAAGAAAAACGAUGGGUCGCGGCACGCAUUCCUGUACAACUUUCGAUCGGGUAACUGCGUGUAUUACGAUCUUGGGGCCUAAUAAACCUAGGGUUCUGAUAUCAUAAAUUCUAAUAAUAUUUACAAAACUUCUAAAGAUUAUAGCAAGUCUAUAAAAUUUAUACUAAAGCUUGGCUACAUAUACUAAACUAGGUCUAGAUUUGAGAAACUCUUGAAGAUAUUUACACAGUUUAGAUAAGAGACUUAAGGGAUAUCCUCAUCAUUCUUAUACCCAUAAGGUAGUUUAAUGGAGACACAAUAAGCAACACAGUUGGCCCUCCUCAAUCCUGCAUAUUGUUUUAACAUGAAUCUCACUCGAAACACUGAUGAUACAAUGCGCUGACGCUGAAUCAGCCCAAACACGCAUAUACCCUAAAGCAGCGGCCGGAGCGUUUGUCGAUCAGGUACAAGUAUAUUCAAGACAAAGAAAUGAAAAAGGGGCACGUUCCAAUUCCAUAGCCAUGGCAUGUUGAUCACCUGUUUCUCCCAUCCUAUCUCAUGCACUU